GUAGGCGCUCUGGUGCUCGCCGAGGAAGCUCCUUCCUCGGGUGCACUAGGCUUGCCUUUGGAGCAGCUAAUCGGAGCCUGCUCCAUUGGCUCGCUUGCCCUUCACCUGCGAUUGCAUACGAACUUUCCUUACCUCUUCUUGAGAUCGUUGUCCUUGGAGUCGUCGAGAUCGACGUGGUGCUCGUGUGGUGGUCUUCGUCCGCUUAGAAUAGUGUAGUUAGUUAGGGGCCAUCGAAGAAGAAAGAAGAAGCGAUUAGCGCGGAGAUGCUGGAGGCGAUCAGUUACUAUGCCAGAGUGAGAUAGGAGCAAGAGCCAAACCUUAUCGGGGCAGCAAGGUCGCCCUGAGGAGGUUGACUCGCCGGCGCUUCCAGUCGUGCCGUGCCGAGCUCCCUCCGUUCCUUUGCCUAGGCGCCAGAUUGCGGCGCGCAGCGCAGCGCAGGGCUGCCUGGGCUCCGCUGGGCGAUUGCAGCCGAGUCCGUUUCUCGUCUAGCUGCCGCCGCGGCUACCGCUGCCUUGUCUUCCUCCUGGACGCUUGUGGGUUAUCAACUAAUCAAUAUCCACGAGCAUCCAUAGGCCAACCUUCACCAUCCUUCAAAAAUAAUUAAAGGAUGACAUUUUGAACCCAAUCUAAACUUCCUUUCCUCAGUUUUAAACUUUGGUUGCUUAACACUGAAGCAAUCAUGGUGAACUUAAGGAAAGCAGUGCACUCGUUCCUUGUGCAUCUAAUCGGCCUAUUGGUUUGGCAAUGUGAUAUUUCUGUGAGCCCAGUUUCAGCCAUAGUAACUGACAUUUUUAAUGCCUCCGAUGAUGGGCGCGUCAGAGUUCCAGACGGGGUACAAAACUGGCCAGCACUUGCAAUCGUCAUAAUAAUAAUAUUGACAAUAGGUGGCAACAUUCUCGUCAUCAUGGCAGUAAAGAUGGAAAAGAAAUUGCACAAUGCCACCAAUUACUUCUUAAUGUCCCUAGCCAUUGCUGAUUUGCUAGUGGGACUAUUUGUCAUGCCAACUUCUCUGCUGGCAAUCCUUUAUGAUUAUGUCUGGCCACUCCCCAGACCUUUGUGCCCCGUCUGGAUCUCGCUAGAUGUUUUAUUUUCGACAGCGUCCAUCAUGCACCUCUGCGCUAUAUCGCUGGAUCGGUAUGUAGCAAUACGUAAUCCUAUUGAGCAUAGCCGUUUCAAUUCGCGGACUAAGGCCAUCAUGAAGAUUGCUAUCGUUUGGGCAAUUUCUAUAGGUGUGUCAGUACCGAUUCCAGUGAUUGGACUGAGAGAUGAAAGCAAGGUGUUCGCUCACAAUACCACCUGUGUGCUGAAUGACCCAAAUUUCGUUCUUAUUGGGUCCUUCGUAGCAUUCUUCAUACCACUGACGAUUAUGGUGAUCACCUACUUGCUGACGAUCUAUGUUCUUCGGAGACAAGCUCUGAUGUUGCUACGUGGCCACACCGAGGAACUGCCCAAAAUAAGCCUGGAUUUCCUGAAGUGCUGCAAGAAGAAUGCCACCGAGGAAGACAAUGCUGCUAACCCUAAUCAAGAUGUGAAACCUCGCCCAAGAAAGAAGAAAGAAAAACGUCCCAGGGGCACCAUGCAAGCUAUUAACAAUGAACGGAAAGCAUCGAAAGUCCUUGGCAUUGUUUUCUUUGUGUUUCUGGUCAUGUGGUGCCCCUUUUUUAUUACUAAUAUUCUGUCGGUUCUUUGUGAGAAGUCCUGUAAUCAAAAGCUCAUGGAAAAGCUUCUGAAUGUGUUUGUUUGGAUUGGCUAUGUUUGUUCAGGAAUUAAUCCUCUGGUGUACACUCUUUUCAACAAAGUUUACCGAAGGGCUUUCUCCAACUAUCUGCGCUGCAAUUAUAAGCCAGAAAAAAAGCCUCCUGUCAGGCAAAUUCCGCGAGUUGCUGCUACUGCUUUGUCUGGGAGAGAGCUCAAUGUUAACAUUUACCGACCUACCAACGAACGCGUGGUAAAGAAAGCUGAUGACAAUGAACCAGGAAUAGAGAUGCAAGUUGAGAAUUUGGAGCUCCCAGAAAAUCCCUCUAAUGUGGUUAGUGAAAGGAUCAGUAGUGUGUAAGAAAGCACAGCACAGUCUUUUCCUACACUAAUGUUGGUAAUCUAGGAAACUAUUCUUCUAUGCUCUCCUGUUGGUUCUAACUAAUGUAAAUACUGCUGUCUGGAAAAAGUGUUUUUAUAUAUAGCUUUGCAACCCUGUAUUUUGCAAUUAUGUGUACAAUAGUGAGAUUUAGGGUUCUAUAUUUACUGUUUAUAAUAGAUGAAGAAUAACUUAUUUUGAUUCUUGAAUGCAUUAAAUGUUGUUUUCUUUCCCUUCCUUCUUUCUUGCCUCCUUCUCUCUCUCUCUCUCUCUCUCUCUUUCUCUCUCUAUCUCUCUCCCCUCUGCUCUCCUCCCCUCUGCUCUCCUCUCCUCUCCUCUCCUCUCAUCUCCUCUCCUCUCCUCUCCUCUCCUCUCCUUUCUUGCCUUCUUUUGUGAAUAAGGAAAUGUUCAUCUCAGGUGGCAUUUGCAGGAGACCAGAAUGAUGCAUAUGACAGUGGUUGUAUUUCAGCCACAUCAAAAUUAAAAAUUCGGUGGAAUCUUUCCAGGUUAACAGUAAAUAUAUACUUUAAAUUCUUGCUGUGCUGUGCUCAUCCAUCUACACACAUAAACACAGUAAGAUAGGUUCUGCCUUCCUAUACUCUGUCAUAUCAUUAGUGAGGCAAAGGUAGAACAUAGCCUUUUUGUCACAUAUGGGGCAAAAUUUGACAUUGUCAGAGUGUUGUGUUGAUAUUGUACUGCAAUGUCUGUCCCCAAACAUAGUGGUAUUUUAACAUAGCAGCUGGUUAACCAGGACUACAGAAGUGGAAGGAUAAUAUGAGAUACAUCCACUAAAAGCUUUUCACUUCUUAAGGACAAUGUUGAAAUUCCAAUUAUUAUGACAAACAAAUUGAAAUUAAUGUUUUCAUUCUGGUCCUUAGUAAAUACCUAAUUAUAUAAUUAAACUGGGAAAUGAGAUCCCAGGUUUAUUUCCCAAUCCAGAAUUCAACAUCAAUUGGAUUUUGAUCUCAGGAUCCUGAAAAUUCAUGUGCUACACACAAAGUGAAAUUAGCAUUUUGAGCCUUAUUAAAAUAUUUUUUUAAAUUAUGGUACCUCUGUCUAUAGGGCCCAAUUUUGUAGUCCAUUUUUGAGUAAAACUUGCGUUGGAAGCAUAGAUGAUCAAAACCUUGGAAGCUUUACUUGAUUAAGGACUACAGAAUGAGGCCCUUAGAAUGUGAAAAAAAAGUAAUUAAAAAGAAGCUUUUACUGAACUCUAGGAAUAAGAGAAAUACAGAGUUUCCAUUGGAUUUUAAACAAAAUUUAUCUCAUUUUCAGAUCCUUCCAAACUCUAGUGCAGGAAAAGGCUGCAGCUAAUUUGUGAAAGUGGCAAGCUCUUCAUUGUACUGCAAUUAUGUACCAGAAGUCUAAACCUUUGUUAAAAUAUAGUGUUGUGUUACAAUCAGUGUUGGCCAUUGUUUCAUUCGUGGGCCUGCUGCUCUCUAAGAAUUCAGUACCCCUUUACUAGCUUGUAAACCAUGAAAGGUUUUCAGGCCUUGCUAUAGUCAGACCAUUAAAUCUAUGCGUGCGCAGAGUAUACAAUGUUUCUAGUAACUGUAUUUCCAUGUGUGUCCAUCUCACACAACUGUGGAGCAAUUUCUGAAGAAUUCAUGAUGCUAUUUCUUAUACCUGACAGUUACUUACACACCUUAAAGUGUGCCUCUCAGUAUUCUGAAAUUGGUGAAGGCAGAAUCUGAAUUUUUAAAACCCCUGAUUUGUGUUUUCAACACUCAGCAUAGAUAAAUCCAACAGUCUGCCACAGGGGCAGUGAGAGAGCUGCUGUACUUGAGGAAACUCAUACAGUCUCUACUUGAUUCACAACACUGCCAAAUGUCAGUCAAUUCCUUGAGCAUGCCCAAAUCUAACAUGAAAGUAAAGCCUACCUGCCUGUUAGCUCUGUCGAACUGCAUGUUAAAACAAUUAUAUGAAAUUGAAUGAGAUAAUUUAAUUCUUACUGAAAUUAAAUGUCUGGAGAAACAGCAUGCAUAGAGCAUGAGUUGUGCACAUACAGAGGGUGUCUUGCAUGUAUGCCAUGUAUGUUGCAUGAAUCCAACAAUUUGUAUUAAUGUAGGGCAGAGUAGGUGAUAUCAAAGGACUGAAGAAAACCCUUUAGCAGUCCUUAAAAAGACCACACAUUCAGAUCUGAAGUAUUGUAUUAGAGAAAAUUGGAAACAUCUGAUUUCUUGACUAUCAGGGCAAGCUCAUAGCACAUGUUUUACACAGAAAUAAAAUAUAAACCACAAUGUUCAAAAGCACUGGCAAUAAGUUGAAUGAUAAUAGCUUAUAGCACAUUUGUUAAUAAUUCUUAUGUCAUCAAGUAGUACUUAAUAGUACCCAACACAGUAAUUCUCAAAUUGUGUGCUAUUCGUAAGUUCUGUGUAGUUUGGUAUGAAACAAAUAUACUUAUUUGGAUAUAAAUCUUACAGUUCAGUGUUAAAUCUACAAACUUUUAUAAGUGUUUUAAAAAGUCCAUGUGAUAACUGUGAAUGUGGUGAAUUUACUGUCAAACAAAUCAUUUUGAUGAACUAUUAUAUAUGUAUACCUGUUAAGAAACAUGCAACAGACUGCCUUUAUUAUUUCCUGUAAAAUUUCUUCAUUAUAUGGUAAUUUUUGUGAGUGGUGGCAAAGUGUUGUUUUAUUCUUGGUUCCUGCAUCUCCCCGCUCCAAGUUUUUGUGAUACUUCCCAUUAAUUUAUUAAAUUUAUUAAAAGUU